AUGUUUGUGGUUGUAGGCCCUGAUUCAAGAGAUAAGGAUCGGACACUCAAAAAGGCCAAGGUGGUGGCCAUACCCAUUUUGGAUUUUUUAGAGGAGGAUAAGGAGGGAACAUUCCAACCACACGAUGAUGCCUUGGUAGUAACCAUUAGGAUUGGUGGCUAUGAUGUAAAAAGGAUCCUGGUAGACCAAGGGAAUGAAGAGAAGAUUAUGUACCCUGACCUGUAUAAAAGGUUGAAUUUAAAGUUCAACGACCUAGAGAGGUAUGACUUGUCGUUGAUAGGUUUUGAUGGGAGGAUGGUAGUCCCUCACGGGAUGAUAAGGCUACUUGUGCAGGUUGGGGACGAGGAAGUGCAAGUCAGUUUCAUUGUUGUGGAGGCCUAUUCCCCUUACACAGCUAUCUUGGCCAGACCAUGGCUUCAUGUUAUAGGAGUAGUCUUGUCAACCUUACACUUGAAAGUUAAGUACCCCAUACAGGGAAAAGUUAGAGAAUUAGUAGGAAGUCAAGCAAUGGCUUGGCAAUGUCUGAGAGCAGCCAUUACACGGCAACCAACAGGUCAAGCCGUGGUAGAAGAGGAGCGAAUCCCAUAG